AUGCUCGUGACGCCGCUGCCGCCGCCUGGGGCACUGACCGGAAGAACCGGAAAUGCCACCAAGUACGACCCGAUCGGAGCCGAAGUCGAAGCCGAAGUCGCGAGCCUCAGGCUGAUGCUCGUCCUCACCGGAACCACCGCAAGGCUGAAGUGCGUCACCAUCACCGACCAAAGGCUUCUCCGGAACGAAACACACGGUCACGCUCUCGCUUGCAUGCUGAGCCGCAGCCAGCCUCGCAGCCUCACGGAAGGCAUCGUAAGGGUAAAAGUGCGAUCAUUGAGAUCACUCCGCCACUUCCCCAAGCGCGCCCAAACAGCACACUGCACCCACGAUGUUAACACCUGCCGCCGCUGCCUCCGCAAAUGGAUCCAGUCGUCGUUCAAAACCAAGCUCUGGGACCAGAUCAACUGCCCGGAAUGCGGGCUGCGCAUGCAAUACGACGACAUUCGCGAGUUCGCUCCGCCAGAGAUCUUCCGGCGGUACGAUCGUUUGGCUACCAGGGCGGCGCUGGAAGCCAUCCCGGGGUUUCGAUGGUGUAUUGCGAAAGGGUGUAAGAGUGGGCAGGUGCAUGAUGAGGGGAGUGGGACACCGAGAUUCAAGUGCGUGAGUUGUAAGGCAAGUCAUUGCGUGGUGCAUGGGAUCAUGUGGCAUAAGGGGGAGACGUGUACGGAGUAUGAUUAUAGGACCGACGGCAAGAUAAAGAAAGCAGAAGAAAAAGCGAGCAAGAAAUUGAUCAAGGAGUUGGCGAAACAGUGCCCGCACUGCAAGUGGAAUAUACAGAAGAUCAGUGGAUGCGAUCAUAUGACUUGUUCGAAAUGUAGAUACGAAUUCUGCUGGCAGUGUUUGGCGCCUUACAAGCCGAUUAGGGAUAUGGGUAAUUCGAUGCAUAAGCCGGGCUGUGAGUACUAUGCCGAUGGCACGAGGGUUUGGGUGUGA